UCGUACCACCAUAUGUAUUGCACUGCAGACACCAGCCAGAUACAUAUGUUCCCACGCCUGCCUGACCACGUGUCCCUACAGUGCACCACUGUAGCCGCCCUAGCUAAGCUCCAUCGCUCGACCUCGACCACAAUAAUGCGUUCAUCAUUCCCUUCCUAACUCCUCCAUACCAUACCGCGCAGACCAACGCCGGUCACACAGCUAGCAGCUACCCCAAGCUUCUUCAGUGACGCAACAGUAGCUGAUCGCCAGCGACGCCAUUGCUCUUAAUGCUGUGUGGCUCAAACUAGCCCUCACCCUCUCCUGCAAAGCCACUGGCAUAAUCUAUCAAACAAACCAACCAAAACACACACACACACGCACUAACUUCCAUCUUUAGAUCUGCUUCCUGUGGCAGCACACACGCCCCUUUCACCAUCGCCAACUUUUUCCCCUUCUUUCUCUAGCCUUUCUACCCCUUUUAAGCUUUGAUUCACACACACAAAGCUGUGAUAAUGGACGAGACACUCUCUUGAUCUGAAGAUCUGCUAGGUAGUCUCACAUGUGAGAAGAACCGAGCAGGAGGAAGAAGAAGAUCAAGAAGUAGCAGCAGUGACAGUAGCUCUAGAACUAGCUAGAUCUCUUUUGUUUUGAACGGACAAGAACUAGCUAGAUCUCGUAUCUCUCAUCACUAGGAAGCUUGUACAAGUAGUACACAGAUGUUACCAUACCGUAACCCUCACCAUUUCGGCAUCUCCCAAGAACCCCCACAGCAAAACCCUACUGGCUUCGUCAUGGUGCCGCCGGCAUCGCAUCUGGAUCAGCACUACGACCACUUCAUCCCCGGCCACGGCCAAUUCAACUCCGAGACCCUGGAGGCUGUGCUCCGACCGCCGCGCGCUGCUCCCGAGAGAGGUAGUGGUGGCGCCGACGGCCAAGGCCACGCCAGGGCGCGGAAGCGGCCGUUCCGGACGGACAGGCACAGCAAGAUCCGGACGGCACAGGGUGUCCGCGACCGCCGGAUGCGGCUGUCCCUCGACGUCGCCCGCGACUUCUUCGCUCUGCAGGACCGGCUCGGCUUCGACAAGGCCAGCAAGACGUUGGACUGGCUUCUCACCCAGUCCAAGCCGGCCAUCGACCGGCUCACCGAGUCCUCUCAGCGCAACGUCGGCUGCAGCGACGCUGUCUUGUCAUCCCCGCCGUCAUUUGCAGCUGCUGGAUCAGGGAAGGGGGGAGGGUUUGUGGAGAAGGUGGGGGGCAGAAAUGGCGGAUCAGUGUUCAUGGAGCACGGCUGCGAGCUCGAUCGCCUUGUGUCGGCCGCGCCGGUGCUUGGGGAGUACUACUACGACCUCGGCGAGAUGAUGACCAACAGCGGAGGAGAAGGCGACGACGACGGUGAGUAUGAGGAAGACGGUGAUUUCCUGGACGGUAUGCAAUAAUAUUAUUAGUACUAGCUUUUGCAUGGUUUCUACAUACUAGUAGCUGCUAGCAACUAAAUUAGGUCUUGA